CGCUCUCUGCGCACGCGCGCCCACUCUCGGCCGGGCUCCUCCGCCUCAGUCGGUGUCAGACGCUCACACGGCCGGAGCCGCCAGAGCCGCCGGAGCUGCCGGAGCCGCGUCGGGCCCCGGCGCUGGGGGAGAGCGGAGCGGAGCGCAGCGGAGCCGGGGAGGGAGGGACAGAGACACAGAGAGACAGAAAGAGAGAAAGCCGGAGCCGGAGCCGGAGCAUGGACGUGCCGCCGCGCCUCGACCCUGCCCUGGGCAGCCCGGCCAGCCCGUGCGAGGACGUGAUCAAGAACCUGAGCCUGGAGGCCAUCCAGCUGUGCGAGCGCGACGGAAACAAAUCCGAAGACAGUGGCAUAGCAGAAAUGGAGGAGCUUCCAGUCCCACACAACAUCAAAAUUAGUAAUAUCACGUGUGAUUCCUUCAAGAUUUUGUGGGAAAUGGAUUCCAAAUCAAAGGACCGGAUUACACACUAUUUCAUUGACCUGAACAAGAAAGAGAACAAAAAUUCUAACAAAUUUAAACACAAGGAUGUUCCCACCAAAUUGGUGGCCAAAGCUGUCCCUCUGCCCAUGACUGUGCGUGGACACUGGUUCCUGAGCCCAAGGACUGAAUACACAGUGGCAGUGCAGACAGCCUCGAAGCAGGUAGAUGGAGAUUACGUUGUGUCGGAGUGGAGUGAAAUCAUCGAAUUUUGCACAGCAGAUUAUUCCAAAGUUCACUUAGCACAACUCUUAGAAAAGGCUGAAGUGAUUGCAGGACGUAUGCUUAAAUUCACCGUUUUUUAUCGUAAUCAGCACAAAGAAUACUUUGACUACAUUCGGGAACAGCACGGGAAUGCCAUGCAGCCCUCCGUCAAGGAUAACAGUGGGAGCCACGGUUCUCCCAUCAGCGGGAAGCUGGAAGGCAUCUUCUUCAGCUGCAGCACCGAGUUCAAUACAGGGAAGCCCCCCCAAGAUUCGCCUUAUGGCAGAUACAGGUUCGAGAUCGCAGCAGAGAAACUCUUUAACCCCAAUACCAACUUGUACUUUGGGGACUUCUACUGUAUGUACACCGCGUACCAUUACGUGAUUCUCGUCAUCGCCCCUGUUGGGUCACCAGGAGAUGAAUUCUGUAAGCAGCGCCUCCCGCAGCUAAAUUCUAAGGAUAAUAAAUUUCUGACCUGCACCGAAGAAGAUGGCAUGCUGGUUUACCACCAUGCCCAGGAUGUCAUUUUAGAAGUUAUUUACACUGACCCUGUGGAUCUCUCCCUUGGCACCGUGGCAGAAAUCACUGGUCACCAGCUCAUGAGCUUGUCUACUGCAAAUGCAAAGAAAGAUCCCAGCUGCAAAACCUGCAAUAUCAGCGUUGGACGUUAAUGCGCUCCUCCUGUGCUUCCUUCUCGGCCCUCCUCAGCCCUCCCCUCACC